CGGCAAGCCAACGGCGCCACCCAUCUCCCGACCAAAUUAUCCACACGCCUCCGCCCCCCGCUCUCCGAGCUCGCACGCCGUGGCCGAGCGCCACCACCAGCAGCACCACUAUGGCCUCCGCCUCUACCUUCGUCUCCCUCCGUCUCCCCACCCCAUCCCCUGCCCACACCGCCUCUUCUCCUUCCCUCCCGCUGCCUCUGCUCCGGCAGGCGCGGGGCGGCGCGGCGUCCUCGGCUCUGGUGGCGCGGGCGGCGACCGGCGCGGCGGGGGGCCCGUCUCCACUGUUCAACCCCAGGGGAGACCCAUUCCUGUCCUCCCUCUCCGCAGCAUCGCCGGAGGAGCUCGCAGCCGCUGCGGGCGGCGAGCGUCGCGGCGAAGACCACCUGCCGUUCCUCGAGAUCUUCCAGAACGCCAAGCUCAUGGCCUCGCCCGCGCAGGUGGAGCGUUCUAGCAGUUCUUACAGUCAUCACAGGCCUAGAAGACCUCCUCCAGAUUUGCCAUCGCUGCUUCUUCAUGGACGAAUUGUUUAUAUUGGCAUGCCGUUGGUGCCAGCAGUUACUGAGCUUGUGGUUGCCCAGUUGAUGUACCUUGAGUGGAUGAAUAGCACAGAGCCUGUUUAUAUAUACAUAAACUCGACAGGAACAGCCCGUGAUGAUGGUGAACCAGUUGGCAUGGAGAGUGAAGGUUUUGCUAUCUACGAUGCAAUGAUGCGGAUGAAGACUGAGAUCCACACACUUUGCAUAGGAGCUGCAGCAGGUCAUGCUUGUCUUGUCCUUGCGGCAGGAAAGAAAGGCAAACGCUAUAUGUUUCCUCAUGCCAAAGCUUUGAUUCAGCAACCUCGUAUUCCUUCAUAUGGGAUGAUGCAAGCAUCCGAUGUUGUUAUUCGUGCGAAGGAGGUUGUGCACAACAGGAAUACCUUGGUGAAACUUUUGGCAAGGCAUACGGGAAAUCCACCGGAGAAAAUAGACAAGGUAAUGAGAGGACCAUUUUACAUGGAUUCCUUAAAGGCAAAGGAGUUUGGGGUCAUUGAUAAGAUCCUUUGGCGCGGUCAGGAGAAGUACAUGGCUGACAUGCUCUCCCCAGACGAGUGGGACAAAGUUGCCGGAGUCAGACGUCCUGAUGGAAUGUGAUGAUGUACAUUGGAACUUAAAAUUAGUUAGGCCUUGACGCUUGAACGGAGGUGGAAACAGCUGUCGCUGACCAAUAAUGCUUUAUUUCUGGUGAUGACGGUUGGUAAGAGCUGAGGAACUUGUUAGAUAAAUGUAGGUUAGAGCUCGGGCCAUCAGGAUAUUGCGCGUGGUCUCUGGAUGAGAGCUAGCACGUGUUUUUCACGAAGUUAUUGUUGUUCCUCUCAUCAGUUCCAGUCCAGAUUUCGGUAUUCACUGUUAGUAUAUAGUUCUCAUAUUUUGAUUACACAAAGGGUGAACUAGACAAGCUCAAAAUAUUAUCAGCACGACAUGAUGGGCGUAGGAAAUGUUGGGCCUAUUUGGCACAGUUCUAGAUCCGAUAUCUAUGUUGGAUUUGAAGUUUGUAUAAUAAAAUAAAAUAUUUUAAAUA